AUGAACAGGCACUACGCCUCUCCGAAAGGCAGCUCGGCCUACCCUCGCGGGUCCAGCGCCUUCCUCAACGGGUGCGUCACUCCGGCCAAGGCCGCGUGUUUCUUGUCGGCAGGGAUUGCUGCAGUUGAGCAUGCAAUGACCCACUUCCAACCUCGUUCUCAACCCGCUCUCCGCCGCCGCCGCCAACUUUUCCAGCGUCUUUGUCUCCUCGGUGGGGUGUCAUUACUACUGGUGAUCUUCAUCUUCCCGACAUGGCGCGCUUCAAUUCUCCCAGCUCUUUCCCUCGGCCUCUUUCACCCAUCCGUCGAUCUACAGCUCCAGACUGUCCGAUACUAUGAUCUCUCCGAAGUACAAGGCACCGAGAGAGGUUGGGAGCGCGGCGAACGCGUUCUCAUGCUCACGCCUCUGCGCGAUGCAUCCUCCCACCUCCCCAUGUUCUUUUCGCACCUGCGAAACCUCACGUACCCACACAAUUUGAUCGAUUUGGCGUUCUUGGUGUCGGAUUCGCAGGAUAAUACUCUGGAGAUGCUCUCGCGCAUGCUGCAGGAAGUGCAGAAUGAUCCCGACCCCGACAUGUCAUUUGGCGAGAUCUCGGUGAUCCAGAAGGAUUUCGGACAAAAGGUUCAGCAGGACGUGGAGAGUCGCCAUGGCUUUCAGGCGCAAGCUACUCGGCGGAAAUUGAUGGCUCAGGCUAGAAAUUGGCUGUUGAGCGCUACGCUGCGUCCCACGCAUAGCUGGGUCUACUGGCGGGAUGCGGAUGUGGAGACUGCGCCAUUUACGAUCAUUGAAGAUCUAAUGCGACAUGAUAAAGAUGUCAUAGUUCCAAAUGUGUGGCGACCGCUUCCUGAUUGGCUUGGAGGAGAGCAGCCAUAUGACUUGAAUUCCUGGCAGGAGUCGGAGACAGCAUUGGCGUUGGCAGAUACCUUGGAUGAAGAUGCUGUCAUCGUGGAAGGAUACGCAGAGUAUGCGACAUGGAGACCUCAUCUCGCCUACCUCCGUGACCCCUACGGUGACCAUGAUAUGGAGAUGGAGCUGGACGGCAUCGGAGGUGUCAGUAUUUUAGCAAAGGCUAAGGUGUUCCGUUCCGGGGUUCAUUUCCCAGCCUUCAGCUUCGAGAAGCAUGCUGAAACAGAAGGCUUCGGCAAGAUGGCCAAACGCAUGAAGUUUUCAGUUGUCGGGUUACCCCACUACGUCAUCUGGCAUUUAUACGAGCCCAGUGUGGACGAUCUACGCCAUAUGGAAGGACAGAAAAAAGAGCAAGAGGCCAGGGAUCGAGAAGAGAAAGAGCGUGAACUUGCCCAACAACAGGACAGCAGCCAAUCUCCAUCCCAGAACGUGAACAGCGAGUCUAUGAAAGGCUCUUCCGAGGGACCAGCUGCUCAGCCUGGGAAGAAUUCUGCCAAGGGUUCCCCGAACAAUUAG